AAACACGUGUUUCACUGGGACAAUAGUGAGUGGUGCACACUUCCUUCGCCCGGCCACAGAACAACAAAAAGAGUUGCUGGUGUAACAAUAGGAAGAAUAUAUUCCACUCCUCUCUUGUACACGCGGCUUAUGAGAUGAACGCUGGUCAAGAAGAACGUCCCCUUCAGCAGCAGGAGGAUCCACAGCCCCCCCACAUUAAAGAGGAAGAGGAGGAUCUCUGGGUUACUCAGGAGGAAGAGUUUCUUCCAGGGCAGGAGGAGGCUGAUCUCAGCAAGUUUCCACUGACUGUUGUCUCUGUGAAGACUGAAGAGCAUGAAGACAAACCACCUGAGUCCUCACAGCUUCAUCACAGUCCAAACGUCCAGCUGCUGAUGGGUAAUCCAGAUGGAGUUUCCCCUCAGUCAGGGGGGAGCUCCACUUUGAAGCAGGAGACUCCACAACCACCCUGCAUUAAAAAGGAAGAGGAGGAAUUCUGCCUCACUCAGGAGGGAGAGUUUCUUCUAGGACGAGAGGAAGCUGAUUACACCAAGUUUCCACUGAGGAUUCUCUCUGUGAAGACUGAAGAUGAUGAAGAGAAACCACAAGUAGGCAACCUCUUAGCUCCACUAUCCGAUAGUGAGGCUGAAGACGAGGUUGAAGUAACUUUGAGCAGCGAUACAGACUUUGAAGGCGAUAUAAGGACUCACACUGACAACAAACACUCUGAAUGCUCAACAAAGAAGAGAGGUAAAAAAUGUUUGAGCUGCUCAGUUUGUGUUCAAAGUUUUACUAAAAUGAGCCAUUUGACUGAACACAUGAGAACACACACAGAAGAAAAACCUUUCAAUUGUUCAGUUUGUGGAAAAAGCUUUUCUCAAAUGAGCUCUUUGACUCAACACACGAGGACACACACAGGUGAAAAACCAUUCAAGUGUUCAGUUUGUGGCAACAGCUUUUCUCAAAAUGGCUCUUUGACUCGACACAUGACAACACACACAGGAGAGAAAAAAUUUAACUGUUCAGUUUGUGGCAAAAGCUAUUCUCGAAUUAGCAUUUUGACUGUACACAUGAGAACACACACAGGAGAAAAACCAUGUAAUUGUUCGUUGUGUGGCAAAAGCUUUUCUCAAAAUAGCCAUUUGGCUGAACACAUGAGAACACACACAGGAGAAAGAACAUUUAAGUGUUCAGUUUGUGGCAAAAGCUUUUCUCGAAAUAGCUCUUUGACUGAACACAAGAGAUUACACACAGGAGAAAAAACAUUUAAUUGUUCAGUUUGUGGCAAAAGCUUUUCUCUAGGUAGCUAUUUGAUUCAACACAUGAGAACACACACAGGUGAAAAUCUAUUUAAGUGUUCAGUUUGUGGCAAAAGGUUUUUUCGAAAUAGCUCUUUGACUCGACACGUGAGAACACACACAGGUGAAAAAACAUUUACGUGUUCAGUUUGUGGCAAAAGCUUUUCCAGAAAUAGCUAUUUGACUCAACACAUGAGAACACACACAGGUGAAAAACCGUUCUAUUGUUCAGUUUGUGGCAACAGCUUUUCUCAAAAAAGCUCUUUGAGUCAACACAUGAAAACACACAAAGGAGGAAAACCAUGUAAUUGUUCAGUUUGUGGCAAAAGUUUUUCUCGAAAUAGCGUUUUGACCGUACACCUGAGAACACACACAGGAGAAAAGCCAUAUAAUUGUUCAGUUUGUGGUGACAGAUUUUCUCGGAAUAGCAUUUUGUCUAAACACAUGAGAACACACACAGGUUAAAAACCAUUUAGUUGUUCAGUUUGUGGCAAAAGCUUAUGUGUCAAGAGAAAAUUAACUCAACACAUGAAAACACACACUGGAGGAAAACCAUUGAGUUGUUCAAUGUGCGGUAAGAGGUUCCCACUUAAAGGGGAACAUUAUCACCAGACCUAUGUAAGCGUCAAUAUAUACCUUGAUGGUGCAGAAAAAAGACCAUCUACUUUUUUAACCGAUUUCCGAACUCUAAAUGGGUGAAUUUUGGCAAAUUAAACGCCUUUCUGUUCAUCGCUCUUUUUGCGAUGACGUCAGAACGUGACGUCACCGAGGUAACACACCCGCCAUUUUCAUUUUCAACACAUUACAAACACCGGGUCUCAGCUCUGUUAUUUUCCGUUUUUUCGACUAUUUUUGGGAACUUUGGAGACAUCAUGCCUCGUCGGUGUGUUGUCGGAGGGUGUAACAACACUAACAGGGAGGGAUUCAAGUUGCACCACAGGCAAGAAAUCUGCCGCCAGACCCCUAUUGAAUGUGCGGGAGUGUCUCCACAUUUUACCGGCGAUGACAGACAUGGCACAGAGAUGUAUGGAUAACCUGCAGAUGCAUUUGCAACGAUAAAGUCAACGAAAUCACAAAGGUGAGUUUUGUUGAUGUUGUUGACUUAUGUGCUAAUCAGACAUAUUUGGUUGCGGCGUGACUGCCAGCUAAUCGAGGCUAACAUGCUAUUUACCGGUGGUGCUAAAGCAGACAUGGCACAGAGAGGUAUGGAUAACCUGCAGAUGCAUUUGCAACUAUAAAGUCAACUAAAUCACAAAGGUGCGUUUUGUUAAUGUUGACUGCCAGCUAAUCGAUGCUAACAUGCUACGCUAAUCGACGCUAACAUGCUAUUUACCGGCGGUGCUAAGACAGACACGGCACAGAGAUGUAUGGAUAACCUGUAGAUGCAUUUGCAACUAUAAAGUCAACUAAAUCACAAAGGUGAGUUUUGUUAAUGUUGACUGCCAGCUAAUCGAUACUAACAUGAUAUGCUAAUUGAUGCUAACAUGCUAUUUACCGGCGGUGCUAAAGCAGACAUGGCACAGAGAUGUAUGGAUAACCUGUAGAUGCAUUUGCAACUAUAUUACGUUUCCUUCCACCCACAUUUAAUGCGAAACAAACACUUACCAAUCAAAGUACUUAAGUUGCUCCAGUGUCACGAGAUGCGAAAGUCUUGAUCGUUUGGUCCGCACAUUUUACCGGCGAUGCUAACGCAGCUAUUCGGCCAUGCUAUGGCUAUGAAUAGCGUCAAUAGCUAUUCGCUCAAUAGCUUCAGUUUCUUCUUCAAUACUUUCAUACUCCAACCAUCUGUUUCAAUACAUGCGUAAUCUGUUGAAUCGUUUACGCCGCUGAAAUCCGAGUCUGAAUCCGAGCUAAUGUCGCUAUAUCUUGCUGUGGUAUUCGCCUUUGUUUGUUUACUUUGGCAGCACUGAAUGACGUCACAUGGAAAUGGAUAGUCGAAAUAGCGAAAAUCAAGCACUUUAUAGUUUUUUUCAGGGAUAUUCAGGGACCGGUAAAAUUUUGAAAAAAAUGUCAAAAAAUACAACAGGCCACUGGGAACUGAUUUUUAUUGUUUUCAACCCUUUUGAAAUUGUGAUAAUGUUCCCCUUUAAAGGAAACUAAAUGAGCUCAAAUAUAGCUACAAAUGAGGCAUAAUGAUGCAAUAUGUACAUACAGGUAGUCUAAAUAGCAUGUUAGCAUCAAUUAGCUUGCAGUCAUGCCGUGACCAAAUAUGUCUGAUUAGCACACUCCACAUAAGUCAUAAAUCAUUCAUGCACAGCAUAAUAAGUUUGGUGGACAAAAUGAGACAGAAAAAGAAGUGGCAUAAAUCAUAUCCCGGGGGUUUACCUCGCUUGUCUGCGGGAACAGACGGCCGUCGUCCCUGAAUAGCUCGCACACUCCGGCAGAUUCAGCGGUGGUCUAUUUUCCAAUAUUGCAGAUUUCUUUGACUUUAUCGUUGGAAAUGCAUCUGCUUUGAGUGUCGCAGGAUAUCCACACAUUCUUGCCAUCUCUGUCGUAGCAUAGCUGUCGUCGGUAAAGUGUGCGGAACAAACGAGGGACUUUCGCACCUUUUGGCCAGUGGUGCAACUUGAAUCCGUCUGUUGGUGUUGUUACACCCUCCGACAACACACCGACGAGGCAUGAUGUCUCCAAGGUACAGGAAAACAGUCGAAAAAAUGGAAAAUAACAGAACUGAUUUGACUUGGUGCGUGUAAUGAGAUUGAGAAAAUGGCGGAUCGCUUCACGUUGUCAUAUGUCACGGGUCAAAGGUCAUCGCUCUGACAGGCUAUCAAUUGAAAGGCGUUUAAAUCGCCAAAUUCGCCUUUUUAGACUUCGGAAAUCGGCUAAGAAAACAUAUGGUCUUUUUUCGGCACCAUCAAGGUAUAUAUUGACGCUUACAUAGGUCUGCUGAUAAUGUUCCCCUUUAAAGACAAUCCCAGUUUUCUAGAGGAUAUAUAAGUAGAGGUCCAUCAGUGUUGCCAACUCCUCAGUAAGGAACGCAGCUAUUGGCUGUCCUAGAAGACGACAUCGCCUGGUUUACAUAAUCUGUUGGAUUUAUUAUGUGUGUUUGUUAUGUUUAUAUGUAUUUAUGGCGGGCUUGCUUGGGAGUUUUAAGAUGGGCGUGGCUACCACUGUCAGGUGACUACUUGGGUAGCUUUUAAAAAUGGUGUCAUUGUUCGUUUGGGAAAAUACAGCGUGCUUCGUCACCGGCAUACCUCGCUGGUUAUUACUGUACAGUUAGUUCCGUAUUGGCCCUCUGAAUAGGGGUCGUCACUCAGCAUAAAAGGAAUUACUCGCUGUG